AUGAGCUGGUUCGGAUCUAUCGGCUUGGGCGGCAAAAUUGGCAUUGUGUUGGGGGCUCUUGUCGUACUCGCAUUUCUUGCCAGCCUUAUCAGGUUGCUCUUCAUUAAGAGAAGGUUCAGAAAAGAUAAGGAGAAGGCAGAAGUCGAAGCUGCUGCGAGAAUAGAUGAAGAAAAGUUGAUUGGGAGACCAUUUGGCGAAGGCGACUUAUCUGGUGUUCGAGCGUUGGAGCAUGGAUAUUUCGGAAGCUUCUCGCAAUCCAGCUCUCAUUUGUUGUCGCCAAACACAAUGCCAGUAGAUGUGGACCAGGCCGGAACAUAUAUUACCAAUUCGGUACCGAGCAUUGUUGUAUCGAUUCCCCAGACGCUGUCACCGCCUGCAACCCCAAACAGAACUAAGCGAAAACAUUCGACUUCAAGCCUUGAGUCUCCAAACAACAAGAAGAGUAGCAGGCUCAACUACGAGGCAAACAUUAUCGGAGGUAGAGAUGGGGUGUACACGCUACCACAUUCGUCCCAGUCAAACGAGAAGACUUUUGGUGAACGACCAACCCGGGUGAAUCCUCUAUCAAGCCCGAAUUCGAGGCCAAUAUCAUAUCUACCGAAGUUCACAUUUUCUGGAGAGAUCGAGGAUUCCGGACUACUAGUUCCGACACGGGAAAAGUCGAGAAAUAUCAAAUCUGUAGCGACUUCAUUUGCGGGUAGCGAAGCCUCCUCAGCUGCACCUCCUCCUCCAGUCGCCCGGCGGCCGUCUCCCAAAUCCACUCCUUUAUCGAUCUUUCCUCCCUCGAUUAACCAUGUACCAAAUGUGCUCCCUCGGGGUGGUCCACGGUCGAUAUUUCCAGCAAGUGGCUCCCAUGAGCGCUCUGAUUCUCAUCCAAAAAAUCAGCCGAAUUCUCAGUUUGCGGCUUGCCCAGUACCGCUCCACGAUCUCGCUCCACAAGCGGUGACCAUAGAUCCCCGCCAAUUUUCUUUUCCACGGGACACCAGGAGCUGGAACUCUUCUUCGCCCACACUCAGCCAGCAAGCAAUCCUAGUUUCGCUGAAAUUCUCAGGACCAGUCUCCGAUAGAAAUGCCCCAGAAUCGCCAGUCUUCUGCGACCCAGUCGUCAGAAAGAAGCGCGUCUCUAUCUUCCAGCCCUCACACUCACGUAGAGCGUCAGCCGAUGGACAAAGACCUCUCACUCGCGUCCAUUCCAUGGCAGCAUCAUGCAUCCACAGCAACAGAACAUCAAUCAUGGACUCCGACACACUACCCCAGCAACACUCACUAACACGCUCCUGCUCCCGCUCCCGCUCCUUCUCACCCUCCCGAUCUCUCUCAUGCUCAUCCUCUCAGCCACGUACCAGCAAUCGUAACCGCUCGAGAUCCACGUCCCGCGAACGCUCCGAGUCGCCACGCUCCCUUUCUCGCACACACGGCUCGCUCCGUCGCUACAGCCGCAGCUCAUCUGAAUUUCCAGACUCCUGGAGAUGCAGCCGCGAUCGAGACAGCAUGCACUACGAUCCCAUGCCCGCAAGCUGUACUAGCGCUGUAUCCGCACGAGGUCGGGCCUCAAGUUUUGAAAAUCCUCUCGAUUUAGGUGCCGGGCAAGGCAUAAGAGGUAGGAGCGACAGUGUGGGGAGCCGGGCGAGCCUAACCGAGUUCUACGAUGCCUACUAUCGCCGUUUGGCGCGCCCGCGCAAAGCAAGUGGUGUUAGCCAAGCCCGGGGCGUUGCAGGUGGCGGAUCUCUGGUCAAGGGAAAUGGGGGCGGGUCUGGGAAGAGACCACCGCCGCCUUUGAAGCUCAUAGGGACGAUUGUGGAAGUUGCCUCGCCAGUGCCAAGUCCUAUGACGAGAGUGCCAAAUAUGAUUUAG